AAUCCAUCCAAUAAUAACCAAAAGUCACAAGAAUCGAGAUCAACGGUUUUCUGGUGGUUGGUUACUCUGUUUUGUUGCCUUGCUAACCCCAAUCACAAUUCUCAACGCACACUCUCGACCAAAUUAAUAAUACUACUAAUUUCUUUCUUGACUCAUUUCAUUUCACACCCUUCUUAUCUCUUACAACUCACUACUCACCGGAAUUGAACCUCCGAUGGCGAUGCCGGUGGUGGACACAGAGUAUCUCAAACAAAUUGAUAAAGCUCGUCGUCAGCUCCGCGGUUUUAUCGCUAACAAGAAUUGUGCUCCUAUCAUGCUCCGCCUCGCGUGGCAUGAUGCUGGGACGUAUGAUAAGAACACCAAAACUGGAGGUCCUAACGGCUCUAUCCGGAACGAAGAUGAAUUCUCUCAUGGCUCCAAUAACGGCUUGAAAAUUGCUUUAGAUUUUUGUGAAGAAAUAAAGUUUAGGCAUCCAAAGCUUACGUAUGCAGACUUGUACCAGCUUGCAGGAGUUGUUGCAGUUGAGGUAACUGGUGGCCCGACCAUUGAUUUUGUUCCUGGUAGAAAGGAUUCUCUGAGUUCUCCCAAGGAAGGGCGACUUCCAAGUGCCACCAAAGGAGCUCCACAUCUGAGGGAGGUAUUUUACAGGAUGGGACUAUCAGACAAAGAUAUCGUGGCUCUAUCUGGAGGACACACACUGGGAAGGGCACAUGUAGAUAGAUCUGGUUUUGAUGGCCCGUGGACCAAGGAGCCAUUGAAGUUUGAUAACUCGUACUUUGUGGAGCUGCUUAAAGGUGAAUCCGAAGGGCUGUUAAAACUUCCAACAGAUUUGGCGUUACUGGAGGAUCCUGAAUUCCGUCAUUAUGUUGAGCUGUACGCAAAGGAUGAAGAUGCUUUCUUUAAAGAUUAUGCGUUAUCACACAAGAAACUUUCUGAACUUGGGUUUACCCCAUCUUCUGGUUCCAAGGCUUCAGCGAAGGAUGGUGCUGUAUUGGCCCAGAGCGCAGUUGGAGUGGUUGUUGCUGCUGCAGUGGUUAUACUCAGUUACCUGUAUGAAGUCCGUAAAUUGAAAUAAAAAAUAUACCUGUGAACUUAUAAUUAAACUCACAUUGACUAUACUUUUCAAUUUCACACAAAUAAGAUGUGAUGAAGGCUUCUAUGUAUGUUACACCAGCUAUAUUAACUGCAAGUUUAAAUCUAUAAAUUCUUGUGGUUGCUUGUA